GUUAAAAGUCGAUCGAUCAGCUGGACCUUCAUUUUACCUGCAGACAGACGCUGAUGAGACAGACAUGUUGUCCCUGCUGUGGACUCCUGGCUUCCUGCUGAGCUGCUUCUUGAUGACCCAGUGUUCAGUCUUCCUCGACCAGCCUUCUGCCCUGCAAGUGCUCCAGUCCUCCAAUAGGAGGCGUCGUGCCAACUCCGUCGCCCUGGAAGAGAUGCUACCAGGAAACCUGGAGAGGGAAUGCUACGAAGAGCGCUGCUCCCAAGAAGAGGCAGCUGAGAUCUUCCAGACCCACGAAACCACAAUGGAGUUUUGGUACAGAUACAGAAAUCUGAACCCCUGUCAGACCAACCCCUGCCUUAACGGAGGCAUCUGCACUCAGGACAGAGAGGACUUUCUGUGCCUGUGUCCUCCAAGGUUCCACGGCAAGACCUGCGACUCAGAGGUGUCAGAGUGUCGCUAUAGAAAUGGCGAGUGCCUGCAGUACUGUAAAGACCUGCCAGGGGGCGCAGGUGUUCAGUGUGGCUGUGCUGAUGGAUUUAAAUUAGAUACUAAUAGAGAGAGCUGCACACCAACAGUGAAGUUUCCCUGUGGCCGCCAGCAGAUGGCAGCAUUGUCCUACACUCGCUCCCUGUUCGAUCUCUCUGAAGACACCAACUUUACCCUUCCAAUGGAUGUCCUAGACCACAAUAGCACACAUGCUGAAGUUCGAGGACACAACGUAACAGAGGCAUCAGAAGAGUUCAUGACAACAAACUCAACAUUAAGGGGUAUCGGUGGAAACCAAACUGAGCUUGGGGGACAAGAGGAGGAAGAUCUAUCUCCUCGUAUUGUCGGAGGAAACCUGGAGUCCAGAGGAGGGAGUCCCUGGCAGGUUUUGAUCCACAGGUCAGAUGGGUUUGGAUUCUGUGGAGGGACUCUGGUUACAGAUCGAUGGGUUGUUUCCGCAGCCCACUGCUUCGUGGACUCUGCAGACCAUGUUACUGUAGGCAACAUUGAUAAAAAACGCCCUGAUCCAGGCGAGCAGAAAAUAAAGAUCCAGGAGAUCAUCGUCCAUCCUCAUUUCCACUCUUUCACCUUCGACAGCGACAUUGCCCUUCUCUACCUGGCUGAGCCCGUUAUCAGGGGCCCAACAGCAGUACCCGCCUGCCUACCAGACCCCCACCUAUCUGAGUACCUACUGAGGGACAACACCCGGGGCAUGGUGACGGGGUGGGGAGCCACUCAGUACCUUGGAAAAUCUUCCCGCUUUCUGAGGAAGGUGACCCUGCCAGUGGUGAGCUAUCAGGCGUGUUCUGCGUCCACUGAACAGGUGAUCACAGACAACAUGUUCUGUGCAGGUUACCUUGAAACCAGCAUGGAUGCCUGCAGUGGAGACAGCGGCGGUCCAUUUGUGGUCAACUACAGAGGAACCUGGUUUCUGACCGGGAUUGUGAGCUGGGGAGAGAAAUGUGCUGCUAAGGGGAAAUAUGGAGUUUACACCAGAUUAGGAAACUUCCUGAGCUGGAUGAGAGAAACCAUGCAGAAAGUAGGCCAAAAUGGAACUCGGACCUGAUGAGAGCCAAGUUUUAAGCAUGACCAUUCUAAGACAAUCCUUAUCGGCCUGAAAGAAUGUGCAGGAAACAAACUCUGAGGUUCCUGUAGGAUUAGAAUAAAGUCAGAGCUUUAAGGCAGAACAUCAACAGAAUUUAGUGAAAUCUGUCACAUUACUUUAAUACUGGUAUUUUAUUUUAUUUUCAGAGACAGAAAAGGUUUUCAGCUAGUCUUGAAUCUAUUUUUCAUAGUGGUUUGAGUCUAUUUUGAUGUUAAAAGAAAAUGUAGAAUCCAGAUUCAAACCCAAUUAUGUUGCAACAGUUAUUAGAAAUGCAUUAAAACAAACUUUAAAGAAGGAAGACUGGUUAUUUUCCACCGGCAGCUGGAUAGUCAGGGUCCACUGUCACACAAAGCUGCACUCAGUCAGCACUCAGAACAAACA